GUUGCUGCCAGUUCGUGUCAGCCACCAGCCACCGUAGCCGCUCGUUUUCUCAGCGCUCCUCGCUCCCAGACAGGAUAGGUAGUUGGCCUCGGCCAAUGGUGACACAGCGUCUUCGGAGUCGCAGCCAAUCAGGGCUUAGGGUCCGGAAAGGACGGGGCCGAGUUAGAAGAGUCUGGCGCGGCGCGGGGCGGGAGAGCUGCGCGGUGCAUCGUGGCGGUCGAGGUUUUGGUAUGAACAGGAUUCGGAUUCACGUCUUGCCAACCAAUCGGGGGAGGAUCACUCCAGUGCCUAGAUCCCAGGAGCCCCUGUCUUGUUCAUUCACUCAUCGCCCAUGCUCUCAACCUCGUCUGGAGGGACAGGAGUUUUGCAUUAAGCAUAUCCUUGAAGACAAGAAUGCACCCUUCAAACAGUGUAGCUAUAUAUCGACGAAGAAUGGAAAAAGAUGUCCCAGUGCUGCCCCAAAGCCUGAGAAGAAAGAUGGGGUGUCUUUCUGUGCUGAACAUGCCCGUAGGAAUGCCAUGGCGCUUCAUGCCCAAAUGAAGAAGACCAACCCAGGGCCUGUGGGUGAAACGCUUUUGUGCCAGCUGAGCUCAUAUGCUAAGACAGAACUGGGUUCUCAGACUCCAGAAAGUAGCCGCAGUGAAGCCAGCAGAAUUCUGGAUGAAGACAGCUGGAGUGAUGGGGAGCAGGAACCCAUUACUGUCGAUCAGACAUGGAGAGGUGACCCUGACAGUGAAGCUGAUAGCAUAGACAGUGAUCAAGAAGAUCCCCUAAAACAUGCUGGUGUCUACACAGCAGAAGAAGUGGCCCUGAUUAUGCGUGAGAAGCUAAUUCGUUUGCAGUCUCUGUACAUUGAUCAGUUUAAACGACUUCAGCAUCUGCUCAAAGAGAAGAAGCGACGUUACUUACAUAAUCGCAAAGUGGAACAUGAAGCUCUUGGCAAGUUUUGUGGUAGUUCCAGCAAAGCUUUUCAUGGGCUAACCUGUGAAUUUGGUAGUAGCCUCCUGACUGGUCCAGAGGGUCUUUUGGCCAAGGAACGAGAGAACUUGAAGCGACUAAAAUGUCUUCGGCGAUAUCGCCAGCGCUAUGGAGUGGAAGCCUUACUACACAGGCAGCUGAAGGAACGCAGAAUGCUGGCCACAGAUGGUGCCGCCCAACAGGCCCAUACCACUCGUUCCAGUCAGAGGUGCUUGGCAUUUGUGGAUGAUGUUCGUUGUUCCAAUCAGUGUCUUCCAAUGACCAGACAUUGCCUUACCCAUAUUUGUCAAGAUACGAAUCAGGUUCUCUUCAAAUGCUGCCAGGGGUCUGAGGAGGUACCCUGCAACAAACCAGUUCCUGUAAGCCUCUCUGAGGAUCCCUGCUGCCCACUGCAUUUCCAGUUGCCUCCUCAGAUGUAUAAGCCCGAGCAGGUACUGUCUGUGCCAGACGAUCUGGAAGCCGGCCCCAUGGAUCUGUACUUGAGUGCUGCUGAACUUCAGCCCACUGAGAGUUUACCUCUGGAGUUCAGUGAUGGAGUUACUCAAGAUAUACCAUGCAUUAAUCCUGCCUCAUUAACACAACAAAGACAACCUAUUCCCAAAUGGGAUUAGAAUCACAGGCAUAGAGGUGAGGAUUUACAACGCAUAUUUUUGGGGGGACACAAUUUAAUCCAUAACUAUCCCCAUUCUCCUUUUUCCCAGGCCUUGGGAAACACUAAUCCACUUUCUGUCUCUACGGAUUUGCUCGUUGUUAACAUUACAUGUAAAUACAGUCAUAAUACGUGAUUUUUUGUGUCUGGCUUCUUUCACUUAAAAUAGUCCAUCUAUAUUGUAAGAUGUAUCAGUGUGCUUCAUUCCGUUUUAUGGUUGAAUAGUAUUCCAUGUUAUGGAUAUACCACAUUUUGUUUAUCCCUUCCUCCAUUGAUGGACAUUUGGUUGUUUAUACUUUUUGGCCAUUCUAAAUAAUGCUGCUGUGAACAUUCCUGUGUAAGUUUAUAUGUGGACAUGUUUUCAGUUCUCUUGGGUAUAUACCUAGCAAAGGACUUAUUUUUAAAUCACUGAUUUCAUUUAGACAAAAAAGCAAAAAUCUUUGUCUAUUCUGUCCCUCUUGAACUUUUAAAACCACGUAGUUUAAAUUUGCAGAAAUUUUUCUGAGAGAGUGAUUAGGGAAAAUUAUAAUUAAGGGGAAUUGGAAUAGCACGAUGGUGGUCAGAUUUGGUGUGGCUUGAAACUUUGGUGCCCAUCCACAGGUAAGUCAUUCACUAGAGUCUUGAUAAUAUAAAAGAAUUCUGGCUUCUGUACUUGUGUUUUGAUCCUAUAGUAAAGGUUGUCAUUUUUAGAUUAGCGUGUCCCCCAAGAAGGGACUCUAAAUUUAGCUCUGCUGUUGUUACUUGUGAAGUGUUAUUACAGAUUCUUUUAUAAACUGAGUAGAACAGUGCUGACCUCCCAGAGUGUUUGCUUUUACAGCCUUCUAAAAAGGCUUCCUUUUUCAACUUGGACCUUGAUUGGUCUCAGCUGCAUAAACCCAUCUCUGAUUUCAUUUGUUUUCCUAAUUAGCAUUAAGCUAGUAUUUGAUUUUAGGGAUCAGUUGGCAUUCCAUCUUUAUUUUGGAACUUUGCUUAAUCUUUACUCCUCUGAAUAAAGGUCUCCCUUAUAUAUUCUGGAGAUGAAUUUUCUAAGUUUCAUAAUAAAGAUGUCUUGGUAUAUAAUCAUAAUGUAUUUAAGGUAACAGAUCAGAUCUACAUGGAAAAAUUGUUUGCUAAGAGUAGAAGCAAGGUUUGGGUAGCCCAAAGGGUUCUAUCUUUUAUGAAAAGAGAGAAACCAGGCCUGUGAUUUGUUUGGGAAAACUGAUUCCAGUUUUUUUUUUUUUAAAUAAUUUGUUUUGGCUAUAAACUGUCUAUAGACUUAGGAGACUCGGUUUCCAUUACUUCAUUUAUAAUAACAUCACCUUUUAUUAUCCUGACUGUAAUUGCUUUUAGACAGUUUCUUUUGCAUAGAUUGAUAGACUGUGAGAACUAGAAAGGGAUGUUAGAGAUUACAUAUCCCAGUGCUUCUCAAACUUUUCCAAUGAGGUUGUGUUGAAGACAGUAAAUGGGUAGUCCCAGAUUGAUGAGGACAGGUUUUUGUUCACUUUCUUCGUCUAAUAGUUGAAAACUCAGAGAGGUAACUAUCUUUUUUUUUAACUUUGUAACAUGAGUAGCUUUAUAGGAUCUAAUAACCUAAUAAGCAUUACAUCACUAAAUUCUCUUAAAAUAUUAAUGUACAUGUGUAUAAACUAAAAUUAGCACAUGUUUAGCAAUCUGCACAUGUACACAGUCUAGGUUGUUAACCUGUGUUUCGUUACUAAUAUCCAGAACAAUUUCUGUUUUGAAUUUUUUUACUUUUCACACUUUUUUACUUAAGUUUUUGUCUAUUCGGAGCACAUGUUUUUUUUACUUUUUACCGUAUUAGUUUUUAAAUGGUGUUUCACAAAUCUUUGAUAAUGUAGAUAAAAAAAAAAUAACUGUUCCAGUAUGUUCAAAGAUUUAUACACGUUUACUUGCCUCUUUGGAGAAUGAGUGAAGAUAUUAGAUUAUGAGAUGUGAUCUGUUCAAGUAAUCAUAAUAAAAAGUUUAGAAAUACAUAAUCAAAUUUGCUAAUAUGUUGCAUGAAUUUUUCAAAGUAGAGGGUUACAAAAGCUAACCUUAUUUGAGAAUCUAAUAAUGUUUUGAGAUGGACCUUUGUUGUUAAGAGGUUUAAAAUGAAGAACAACCAGCUGUUUGUAAUUGAUCAUCUGUUAUGUUCAUAUUAAUAUACUUUUGUUAUAUACAUUGAUUUUAAAAAGUAGAGUUUUAUUCUUCCCUUAAUCUUUGGGGAGUAGAAAUUCUGUAAAAAUUACCAAAACAAAAUCCAGUUUUAGAAAUGAGUUUUUGUCCUCAUAAGUUCUGAAUAUAUUUAACUAGUAUAGAAUUUUGCUGGAAAAAAAUCUUUCUGAAUAUAUGAACUUCACCAAGCAUUAACUCAUUACCUAUAUUCUGUCUUAGUUGUUAUUCUACAACUUGUUAGUAAGGAUAACUUCUGUUAACUUUACUUGUGUGAAGACCAAGUAUAAGAUAUUAACAUUGGUAGGAAAGAGUAUAGCCUUUCAUUCUGGAUAUUACUUUUGCCUAUUUUCUGUGCUUCAAUCCCAGGAGGUUGGCAAAUAGCAACUUAAUACCUUAGUUUUAUUACUUGAUAUCUCUAUCCCCCCCAUCCCCCUGCCCCUUUCUCAGAUGGGCUUUGAGCUCUGUUUUUAAGAUAAUAACAAAACAUGAAUUCUGUGUCUUUCUACGUUAACUUCCAGACAUUCCUGUCUCAGGGUAGACGUUUUUGCCGAUCCUUUCUUCCCUUAUUUUAGAUUCCUUUCCCAAAUUUUAAUUCUUGUAACAGACAACGCUGUAUGUGAGAAAGCCUCUUCAGUUCUAUUUUCCGUUGUCAUCUUAAGAUUUGGAUCUCUUUUGUGUCAUUGCUUAUUAAAUGGUUUCUUUUAAAUUCCAGUUAUUGAUGAUUGAGCCUAGUAAAAAAUACUGCAGAAAACAGAUUUCAGAAUCUUCCUUAGGGAGGUAACACUGGGUUUUGUAGAUAGGACAGAAGUUUUGAAACAUAACUGAGAAGGACAUUAGGUGGAGCUACUCUACUGUAUCAUUUUACUUAUAUUUCUGCUUAAAUUGAGCUGCUUUAAGUCUAUUAGGUUCUUUAAUUGUAUUCUUUAAUUAUUGUGAAGAUGUGGCUCUCAUUUUUUGGUGAUUAGGACACCGAAAAGAGAGAAAGGAUAGCAAACUCUUAGACUUUAAGACUUAGAACUAAGCUUUGCCUGAAGCUAGAUUACUGGAAACAGAAUCUCUGUAAGUGGAGUGGGCUCGGGGAAAUACACACUUUUGGGUGUUUUUAACUCUUUUGAGAGUUUAGCAUCAAGCUCUUGGGAAGCAGUGGCAUAAAACUUAGUUUGAUGCUUUGUCUGAGCUUUUGCAGUGCCUUAGGCCCUGAAUCAAGACCAGUGGUUUGCUGUAGCUGUUGGUUUCAAACAGGAGCCGAGAGCAGUGUCUUCCUGUGGCCUAUUGGCUAUUCAGUACCCCAGUGGGGAGUGGCCAGUUCAGUUGGAAGAAACAUACUCUGUAGAAAUACAAUGUCAUUAAUUUUUUUUAAAUAAGUAGACUUUCUAUUUUGGAACAGUUUUAAGUUUACAGAAGAAUCGAGUAGAAAGUAGAGAGUUCUCAUAUACCAUCUCUCCUCCCCUAUUUGUCAUGGCUUUUUUUAUAGAGCAGUUGGACUGCAUUAGGUUGAAGAAUCAGAGACUUUCUGUGUGGUGGUAGGGCCUUAACCAAAAUUGUGUUUUCUGUUUUCUACCCAUCCAGAGGAGCUUUGAGUUUUCUGUCCUCUCUACCUUUCUCUCUCUUUUAACUCACAUGCUUUGUGGCUGUUAGGGCAUUAAUUAAGCAAUCUCAUAUUACCCAAUAUUUUUAAGCAGUAUUUUCAUUUCCUAAAAUUUGCAGUUAUGCUGAUUGUCCAUAUUAGAGUCACCUAGAGCAGCACUGCAAGUUAGAAGUGUUGGGUCUUGAUUUUUUAAAUUAGAAGUUAAUCCUGCUGCUUCUUCCAUUUGACCAUUAAAUGGGUCUUUGCUAGGUUGGGCAAAUCUGUGCUAAAACUUAGCAGUUCAUUUGGAAAGGAAAUAAAUGUAGUUUAAAUGAGCUUUUGAUGAACUACUCUUUCCACUAGUGAAUCUAGAUGUUGACUACAGUUAACCUUGGAGGGAAUAUAUCCUUUUUAAAAGCCAUUAUAGUGGUGUGUGCUGUGGUUUAUACUUGGCAAUAAAAUUCUCAGUGCUUUUGGAUCUUGUUCUGUUUGUUGGAUAUUGUGGAAAAAUUUUUUUUUUAUGAAAGGAUAGCAAGAUGAGGGAAGGGUGGAGAAUGAGAGAAGUGCUUUGAGAUAUCCUGACAAAUAUUCCAUCUUUAACGUAUUGGUUCCUUUGGUAUUGCUGAUAGGCUUUUCCUUUUCUUU